AUGAGACUUCUAGGAUUGGUCCUAGGCAGGAAAUUGACGUGGGUCUCAUACAUGAAACACCUGAGAGACUCGUGCAUGAAAAGAUUAAAUGUAAUAAAAGUAUUAGCCAGAGUAAGUUAUGGUAUAAUCGCCAACAAUGCAACAAUAAAACUGAGUAUCGCCAAACCUGGUUCAAUCUUUACUGCUGAAGCUUAUGCAAUACUUGAUGCUCUGAAAUACGCUGGUACCCACAACUUCAAAAACAUUGCCAUAUAUUCAGACUCUAUAAGCGUAAUAAAUGCCCUAACAAAACCAAAUAACAAGAACAGCCAUGAAAUUAUAACAGAAGUACUCGAAGCAUACAAAGAACUAAAUAACGACAAUAACACGGAGGUAUAUAUCAUCUGGACCCCUUCGCACCAAGGAAUAACGGGAAACGAGGACGCAGACAGAGCAGCAAAAGAAGUAACAACCCUACCACCAGCUGAAGCAACAACCCCAAUACCACACCAGGAUCUCAUAAGUCACAUAAAAAGCACCUUGAAAGAAAAAUGGAACAAAAUCUGGACACCAAUGAAGAGAACAAAAAUACAUAAUGUAAUACAAAAUUUCUACCAACCAAUCCCUCUUUGUGGUUUAAAUAGGAAAGAAAAAUCCAUCAUGUUCCGAUUAAGGACUGGCCACACUAAAAUCACACAUGAACACCUAGUCAAAAAAACUGAACAACCAUACUGUAUCUAUUGUCCCAACGAAAUCCUUACAGUUGAAUACAUCUUAUACCAGUGCGGAAAAACUGAACUACAAAGACAGAAGUACGACAUAAAACCAAACACAGCCUUAACAGCACAGGACCACAUAAGAGGCACAAUAAAUUUUCUCAAAGCGACAAAUAUGUAUGACAAAAUAUAA